AAGCUGUGCUAGGGAACAUUAGAAUGCUCUCUACAGACGGACACACGCAAAGGAUGUAAAAACCCGAAUGAGAUCUUCUAAUGAGCCAGCCAUUGACCAAUCAGCUGGCGUCGGCCGGAAAAACCGCUUCCGACCAAAAACUAACUCUCUCCUUGGACCCUUCAACCACCCCAUCACGCAUCCUCCCCCCAGCUCCCCAACCACAUAAUGUCGACAUGUAAACCUCUCGCGCGAAUAUGCAUCAGAAACCGGCAACCCUCUUUCCUCCCCCUCCCCCAACGCCGCCACGAAUCGACAACCCGCCGGCACAAGAAGCUGCUCAACCUGCCCGCGGCCCCAUCCUACACCCCCGACCGGUCCCAACCAACCCUCAUCUUCAACCCGCCCUCCUCCGCCCCAAGCGUCUACCACACGCCGCUGAAAUUCCUCCCCAAAGACGACCGCCGCCGCCAGCUCUACGCCGCCUUCCAAACCGCCGCCACGCAGACCGCACACCGCACCGCCUCGCCCGCCGUCGCCGCGCCCGGCACGCCGCUCAGCGCGCCGUCUUUCCUGCCGCCGCGGCCCUCGGCGGGCCUCCCGCCGCCUGUGCGAAUUCCGUACGAUAAGAAAUACCACCUCACUGAUGCGGAUAUCGUGGAGAUUCAGAGGCUGAGGAGGGAGGAUCCGGAGAGGUGGACGAGGGUGAGGCUGGCGGAGAAGUUUGGGUGCAGCCAGUUUUUUGUGGGGUUGGUGGCGAAGAAUGAGGGGAAGGCGGAGCGGGUGGAGAGUGAGCAUGAGAGGAGUAGGGCGAGGUGGGGGGUUAGGAGACGGACGGCGAGGGAGGAUAGGGGGAGGAGGAGGGAGCUUUGGGGACGGGAUGCGUAGGGAUGAUGCGUGAGGGAGUUAGAGGUGAAGGGG